UGAGUUUAUAAAGUUUAGUGUUUUAUACGUGCCCGAACGGUGUUUUCUAAGUUGUUUAUUGGGUCACUCAAUCUUAUGAAUGAUCUAUUUUGAAGUAUUUUUGCAAUAAAAGCCCAUUUAGUAAAACAACAAUCAAAAGAAAUGUGGUAAAAUAUAAUCCCAAAUAAAAAAGUGAUGACAAGCCAAAAUACGCAGAGGUAUCAACCUUAUAAUCAAAAUCAAUAUCGCCAAACUGAUGGUCAGUGGGAUAGUAGUACUCCAACAACGCCCCCUAACCCCCCAAUUGUACCCGCCAGGGGAAUUAAAAGAUUCACCACUAAUGAAGUAACCCGGCCAUAUGCAGAUUCAUCUCCCUGGAUGGCACCUCCCGAGUUACCUCAGCAAAUGGACAACAACACCCAGCUCGAGUGCAACUCCCGACUGCGAACGCAAAAUAAUAUGAAUGUAAGCCAAACAGGCGAAAAUUUCAGAAAUAACGAUCACGACGUAAACGUGAAUUGUGUGAGUCCCCUACGUAGCUCGAAAUCACCUUGGUUUCACGGUAAAAUAUCGCGAGACGACGCCGAAAAUCUCCUACAACCAAAAACAGACGGUCUGUUCCUUAUAAGGGAGUCGACAAACUUUCCCGGCGACUAUACGCUAUGCGUUUGCUUCCAAAACAAAGUCGAACAUUAUCGUGUCAAAAGACAAGCCUGCGAGAUCACCAUAGAUGACGAGGAAUUCUUCACCAACCUCGAAGACCUCAUCGAUCACUACAAAAACGACGCGGACGGCCUGUGCACCAAACUCGUCAAACCCCUCACCAACGACAUCAUCUCCAACGACGACCUUUGUAUCAUACCUGAAAAAGAACUCGAAAUAUGCGAGCCAAUAGGUAAAGGGGAGUUCUGCGAAGUGAAAUUGGGUCUUUGGAAGAAAAAUAGAGUCGCAGUCAAAGUUCUAAAGGACUCUAGCGAAGCCGAAGCAAUUCUUAUGAAGUCCUUGCACCACGAAAAUCUAGUGAACCUUCUCGGCAUAGUGCGGAAAAAAGACCAAAUAUACCUGGUGACGGAGUUCAUGAGUAAAGGCAGUUUGGUGGACUACUUGAGGUCCAGGGGAAGGCAACACGUCACGAAGAAAGACCAAAUUAAUUUUGCGUACGAUACUAGCUCUGGUAUGGAGUAUUUGGAGCAAAUGCACGUGGUGCACAGGGAUUUGGCCGCCAGAAAUGUUUUGAUUGCGGAAAAUGGCAGGGCCAAAGUAUCGGAUUUCGGGCUCGCAAGAAAGGAGAAAAAUGCUACGUCUGAAUCUGCCAAACUUCCAAUAAAAUGGACUGCACCAGAAGCGCUCAAACAAAAUAAAUUUUCCAGUAAGUCAGAUAUGUGGAGUUUCGGGAUACUCUUGUGGGAAAUAUACUCAUUUGGUAGAGUUCCUUAUCCAAGAAUACCCUUAGCUGAUGUGGUGAAGCAUGUUGAAAAGGGGUAUAAAAUGGAGGCCCCUGAAGGGUGCCCAUCAGAGGUCUAUGAAAUAAUGAGACAAGCGUGGGAUUUGGACCCUAAUAAGAGGCCCUAUUUCCGCGAGGUAAAAAGUAAACUCUAUCAAUUAAUGACAAAACAACAACCUGACAAUUAGUGUUAAUGUACAUACAUCUAUGUAUUAUAUACAGGAAUGCACAUGUAUUGAUGUGAUAUUCAUUGAACUUCAUGUAUUUUCAAACUUUUUUAAUGUAUAUCUAAAACAACAACUGUUUAAUGCCAAAUGAUCUUUCAAAGCAUUUGAACUUGCUCAAGCCAUUUUUUUAAUGUUUAUAUACGCUUUAGUUGUUUUUGGUAAUGUAUUGCCAUACAGAUAGGAUUAAAAUCUUCCACAAUUUACACUUUUUUUAGAUAUAUGUUAAAGGGAAAGUUGAUAAGUAAAUUUUCAUCUGACGUUCUUAAUCACCAUAAUUUUAGGGAAUAACUGCAAAAACCACCACUUGUUUAUGUGGCAUUUCUAAAAAAUAACGAAAUAUUUGUGGUGUGGUUUAAUUUUGUAAUACCUUACCGUACUUUUUGUAAAAUUUUUAUUUAUUUGUUUUUUAUUUAUUGUACUUAAAAAGUUAAAAUUCAUUUCACAGUGUGAAGAAUAUAGUUUUAUUUAACGUCCAAAACAUGGAAAUUGUAUUAUUAUAGUUU